AUGUCUAGCGACAAAGAGCCCCAAACCUCCCGGCGCGCUUGCAACCACCCAGUUGGGAACGGGCCAUACGCCGCGCCAGUCAACGGCAAAGGCUGCGGCUGGUGUGACAAUCAGGACAAGUAUGGGUACGGUUCCAGUGUGUGUGGACGCUGCGGCAGGUGUCAUGGCUGUGGGAGCACCAACAACGGCAUCGGGCCUGUCCAGUCUAUUUACUUUGGUGGAAAGUGGGCACUUGGCAAGCUGUUGAAUAAGGGAGACGAGGAGGAGAAGAGGAAGAAGGAAAAAGGAAAGGAUGAGAGUAACUAA